UUCCCCAACGAACUGAAGGAUGAAGGCGAAUCAACUGAACGAUAUCGUUUCGCAGUUUCCAUCACGAUUUACUGUUCCGCUGUUCGCUGCACAGUUCGUAGGUUACAACCGGUAGCGAUAAAGUUUCUUGCUAAACUGUUGAGCGGUUAAGAAGACUUUUUGAUUUCGGCGCGGUUAAGGAUUCUUUGCGUAUUUCAACAUAGUUUUGCAUAGUUCUUGCUGAUUUUUUACAGUAACGCAUUGGCAUUCACCCAGAUUCCAUGCCUAUUUUCCAACGGCUAAUUCCUAUCCCGCUAUUGUUGCUGAUAUCCUAAGCGGAGCCAUAGCUUGCAUAGGAUUUUCCUGGAUCGCUAGUCCUGCAUGCACAGAGCUGGAAGUGGUGAUGUUAGAUUGGCUGGGCAAAGCCUUGGGCCUUCCAGAAGAGUUUUUGGCAUCCUCUGGAGGGAAAGGUGGCGGUGUAAUCCAGGGAACAGCUAGCGAAGCAACACUUGUAGCUCUUUUAGGAGCUAAGGCAAAGGCAAUUGCUAAGGCCAAAAAGGACUACCCACAAAUGAAGGAAUCUGAAAUCAUUGACAAACUUGUUGGAUACACAUCUAGUCAAAGCCACUCAUCAGUGGAACGUGCUGGUUUAUUGGGAGGAGUAAAAUUGCGCUCCAUACAACCCGACGAAAGCAACAGGCUGAGAGGUGAAGCUGUUGAAAAGGCUAUCAAGGAAGACCGCGAAGCUGGUUUAAUUCCGUUUUAUUGUGUUGCCACUUUGGGAACGACGUCAUCCUGCACUUUUGACCGCUUAGACGAGAUCGGCCCUGUCUGCAAUGGAAACAAUGUUUGGCUUCACGUAGAUGCCGCCUAUGCAGGAUCGGCUUUUAUAUGCCCGGAGUUUAGAUAUCUGAUGAAAGGAAUUGAAAGGGCAGAUUCCUUUAACUUUAAUCCUCACAAAUGGUUGUUGGUGAAUUUUGACUGCUCAGCCAUGUGGCUGAAAGAUCCAUCUUGGUUAGUUAAUGCCUUCAAUGUUGAUCCAUUGUAUCUUCAGCAUGCACAGCAAGGAUCUGCUCCGGAUUAUCGCCAUUGGCAAAUCCCAUUGGGCCGUCGUUUCAGAUCUUUGAAAUUAUGGUUCGUCCUCAGACUUUACGGUAUCGAAACAUUGCAAGCUCAUAUUCGCAAACAUAUUGCUCUUGCCCAUUAUUUUGAAAAAUUAAUGAGGACUGACCACCGUUUUGAAAUCACUGAAGAAGUGAUUAUGGGUCUGGUGUGCUUCAGGCUAGUGGGUCCUAAUGAGACCAAUGAAGUACUAUUGAAGAAAAUCAAUGGACGAGGCCUCAUUCAUUUAGUUCCAUCUAAAAUUCGAGAUACAUACUUCUUGCGUCUGGCCAUCUGUUCAAGAUAUACUGAAGAACGAGAUAUUGACGUUUCUUGGAAAGAAGUUAAAGAAGCUGCCGAUGAAGUAUUAUCCGAAAUUAAACAAUGAAUUUGGCCUAAUCUCAAAUCCAUGUGGGACGCCUAGAGAACUACUAUUGAGUACUUACAUAUAAAUUAAGCUUAUUUAUUAAUGCAACUUAUUGAAAGAUGCUAAAUGCCCUCUGUUUUUUGUUAAUUUGGUUCCCUCAUACUUAUGUUGAACCACUAUAAUUCCCUUUUUAAAACGCUUAUUCAAACAUCUUUUUGCGACAGUUUUAUAUUUUUAACGAUAAAGGUAGUAUGUACUUUAUUUAUUUAUUAACUAGUAUUAAGAUAUAAACUAUUUUUUGCUCAUAUAAAUAUAUACAUAAUUCCAUAUGAAAAAUUAUAGCUUGCCAAAAAACAGACAAUAUGUACGAAUUUGUGUAAAAAGUGAAUAAAUCAUAUAGUAAAAGGA